AUGCUUUGCGGGCUUCGCGAAAUAUACCGUUAUUAUUAUUAUUGUUUGGCAGCAGCCAAACCAGAACGGGGUGACUGCGGCCCGAUCGAUAUUAGUGAAGUUCGGAGAGGUGGGACCAAGAGACAUGCUCUUGGCAAAAGCAUCCCUUGUGAGUCAGCGUACAAACGGACGAUACAGCAUAGCCUAGGACAACCCAAAGCCGCAUGGGAAGUGGAGCAUAAGGGUUCCAAGGGAAGGGUCAGAAAUCAGGGUAAGCAUCUCACGGCAAACACCGCCUACAGAAACGGGGUGGUCAUUAUAGAAGAUAUAAUGGAAGAAGAGGAAUGGAAGACCUGCUUGCCGACCAGGUCGUACGUCGCUUCCUCGCUGCCUGAACACCUGGUAGCCGAGGUCUUGGGCGCGAUUUUAGUGCUGCCUGAAGAUGGACCAUUCGAAGCCCUACGGGACGCCAUAUUACAACGCACGGGGAGUUCUAAAAAAGAGCGAAUCCGACGCAUUCUACAGGAUAUGCCUCUAGGCGACCGCAAGCCUUCGCAGCUCUAUAGGCUAAUGUGUAACGAAAUGGGCAAUAUCCCACACGACGACGCGUUCAUUAGGGAACUGUGGUUACAAAAGUUACCACAGGACGUUCAAUUUCUUCUUGCGCCAGCGCCAGACAUGCCCAUAGAACGUUUGACGGUUAUGGCAGAUCACGCCAUGCAGUACCGUCAACCCUCAGUCGCCGCAGUUGCCACCGCCGUUUCUCAGGUCGCAUUCACCGAGGCCCUCUUUCAGGCUAUNCGAGAAACUUAA